GUAGAAACUUAGAAAGAGAGGAAAUCGGUAUUAUCAGAUCUGUAAUUCAUUUGCAGUGUUUUCCCGGCCGAUUAAUCUUGCUUUCAGUUUUCAUCCUCUUAGAAUUCCUGAAGAUGAACAGAACAGCGAUUACCUUCGUGGAGAAGCCGGUUUCCAAGUCGUCCGUUUCAUCGGAUGCUUCACCAGGAUGUGAUUAUGAUGUGUUCUUAAGCUUCAGAGGUCCAGACUCUCGCAAGGGCUUCACGAGCCACCUCUACCAGCGACUCCAUGAAGCGAGAGUUCGUGUGUUCAGAGAUGACGACGAACUCCCUCUGGGAGAGGAGAUUGGCCCACAGCUUCUCCAAGCCAUCUACAGCAGUAAGAUCUCGAUCCCGGUUCUAUCGGAAUGCUAUGCUACCAGCAAAUGGUGCCUUACCGAGCUCGUUCAUAUGCUUAAGUGCAAGAAAGAGAUGAAACAAGUAAUCUUGCCUAUAUUCUAUAAAGUUGAACCCUCAGAUGUGAAAUGGCUCAAAGGAACCUUUGGAGAUGAAUUCAAUUCAUACACGAAGUGUCGCAACUAUUUCGAGGAUGGCAUUGUCCGGCAAUGGAGUCAAGCGCUCAAAGAAGUUGGAUCCUUGAAAGGACUGGUAUCCACAAAUAUUGCUAAUGGGGAUGAGGCAGAGCUCAUAAAAUUGGUUGUUGUAAAGGUUUUGAGCGAGCUAAAGAAUGCCUUUAAGUUAGUGACCCCUAAACACUUGGUCGGAGUGGACAUUCAUGUAGAACAAAUUAUGACUAUAGUGGAUACUAAAUUUGAAGAUACUCGAAUACUUGGAAUUCAUGGAAUGGGUGGUGCUGGUAAAACAACUCUUGCCAAGGUCAUCUACAAUGAGCUGUUGAGCCAAUUUCAGCACCAGGGCUUCUUAGCAGAUAUCCGAGAAACAGAAUCACGUGAGGGAAUUAAGCACUUGCAGGAGGAACUAAUCUCUGAAGUUCUUAAAGGAAGCCGCCACGGAGUUUCUAACAGAGACCAUGGAAUCAAUAUCAUCAACUCUAGAUUUGGAGGCAAAAGGGUUCUUGUUCUUCUCGAUGAUGUGAGUGACAAAGAUCAGUUAGAGGCACUUGUGGGAGAGCGUGAGUUGUAUGGUUCUGGAAGUAGGAUCAUUAUUACAACCAGAGAUAAGGCUAUUCUUAAUCAGUUUGGGACAUCGUACUGGGCAUAUGAACUUAUGGGAUUGGACGAAGAAAGUUCUAUGGUUCUAUUUUGUAGACAUGCGUUUCGAUGUGACUUCCCUCAUCCUGCCUUCGAGGUUCUUUGUCAUGAUAUUGUCUCAACUACUGGGCAGCUCCCGUUGGCCCUUGAGGUUAUUGGGUCACUCUUGUGCGACAAAAGCGAAGCAGCGUGGAGAGACACGUUAAAGAAGUUGAGACAAGUGCCUUAUGAGAAGGUUGAAGAGAAACUGAAGAUAAGUUACGAUGCACUAACCGAUGAUGUGAAGAAGAUAUUUCUCGACAUUGCAUGUUUCUUCAAUGGAAAAGAUCCAAGAUUUCCAAUUUAUAUGUGGGAUGACUGUGGCUUUUCUCCGAACUUGGGACUAGAAGUGUUGAGUCUCAUGUCCCUGGUUAAAAUUGUCCAUGGCAAUAGGGCAAAUAAGCUAUGGAUGCAUGAUCAAUUAAGAGAUCUUGGUAGAAGUAUUGUUUUCAAGGAAAACUCUGUGAAAGCAAGUGAACGCAGUAGAUUAUGGAUUCAUGAGGAAGGUUUGAAAGUGCUCGAGAAAAAUGAGGGAACGGAUCAGAUCGAGGCCCUCCAUCUUGAGUAUUUUUCUUCGCUUUCUGAACGACACCGCUUUACUGAUGAGCAGUUUAGAAAACUGCUGAACUUGAGGUACCUUUGUCUCCAGCAGGCAGAAGUCACAGGAGAUUUCAAGGACCUUCUUCCUAGAUUAAGAUGGCUAGAUUGGAUGGCCUGCAGGACCUCUUUUUUCCCAACAAACUUUCAUCCAGAGAACUUGGUUAUUCUUAAUGUAAGAGUCAGCGGUCUCACAGAGCAGUGGGACGCAUGGCACCAUGUGAAUGGACUACAGAAGCUCAAAGUUCUGAGGCUUCAGCACUGCAAUAAGUUGAUUGAAAGUCCUGAUUUCUCAGCUCUCCAGAACCUUGAGAUUUUGAAUCUUGAACAUUGUGCUAAUCUGGAAAAAAUUCACCCUUCUAUCAGGAAUAUCAGGAACCUCGUAUCCUUGAGUUUAAGGGGAUGUGAGAAACUUAAGGAGCUGCCUAAAGAAAUGGGGGGACUAACAAACUUGAGGGAGCUUCUUAUGGAUGGUAGCUCCAUAAAAGAGAUUCCCAUGUUCAUAGGCCGCAUGAGGAAGCUCGAGAUUGUUUCUGCUCGUAAUUGUAGAUCAUUGCGCCAAAUUGACAGCUCCAUAGGAUCGCUCCGGAACUUGCAGAGCUUGUCGCUAGAGGGAUGCCUCCAAUUAAGAGCACUUCCUGACUCCAUCGGAAAGUUAACGUCUUUAAACCGACUGUGUUUAUCACAAACAGUUCUCAAGGAACUGCCCCACUCCAUUGGGGAUCUACGUAAUUUGAACGUUCUGCUCAUGACUCAUACUUACUUGGAAAGUUUACCUAGAACCAUUGGAAGUUUGAAGAAGCUUGAAGAGUUAGAUGUCUCACAGUGUAGAGAUCUGCAAGGAGAAAUCCCUAGUGAGGUAGGGGAUUUAUCUUCACUACGAGUCCUUCGGUUAGAAAAGACAUGCAUUUCCGGUUUGCCAAAAAGCAUUAACAAGUUAUCAUGUCUCCAAGAGCUUGAUUUAGGGAGAUGCGAAGAGCUACAAUCUCUGCCAGAGCUUCCCUCUAGCUUAACUAGUCUAAAUCUGGUCUGUCAGGCAAUGCCAGAUAUUGCCAACCUAGUCAAUCUAACAUAUUUUUCGAUGAAAGUCAAGGAUUUGGGUGCCUUAACUACGAUGAAGACCCUCUCUCGACUUGCUGAAUUCUCCAUUGAGCUUCGUGAUAAAAUUGAACGGCUCCCAGAUCUUCCCUCAAGUCUAUUGAAGCUUGAAGUCAACCAAGGUCAAAAUUUGGAGAGAUUUCCAGACUUUUCAGAUUUGAAACGCUUAUCAGAAUUGCAUCUCAGCGAUUGCUCUGAGUUAAUAGAAAUCAAAGGGCUUCAAGAACUUGUGUGCCUAACUGCUUUGACAGCAAUACGUUGUGACAAGCUACAUGAGCUGGAGGGACUUGGUCGUUUAGUCUCAUUAAGAUCAAUCAUCAUACUGGGUUGUACAGCAUUAGAAACAUUACCGGAUCUUUCGAACUUGAAAUAUCUAAAGAACUUUGAUGCUGCAGAUUGUGAGAAUCUGGUUGGUAUUCCAGGCCUUGAUAGAUGGGAAUACUUGGAAGAACUAGACAUCUCCGGGUGUGCUUCCAUUGAGAGUUUACCGGAUUGCUCGAACUUGAAGGGUCUGAAGAGAAUAAAAGCUGGGGGUUGCAAGAAGCUAGUUGAAAUAACAGGCCUUCAUAAUGCUGAACCCCUGAUAGAAUUGGAUCUCUCCGGCUGUAGUUCUUUGGAAAGAUUACCGGAUUUACCCUGUCCUGGAAUGUUAAUAUAUCUGAACAUCAAUGGCUGUGAGAAGAUCCGUGAUAUCCAAGCGCUUGAGGAAUUCUCUUCAUGCAAAAGACUAUGCAUUGAAAGAUGCAAGUCGAUUGUAAACCUUCCAGAUCUUUCAGCAUUUGAAGGUUUAGAGUACUUGACCCUGAAUAAUUGUCCGGAACUUGUGGAGGUUCCAGGGCUAGGCGAGGUGAGAUCAUUACAAUUUAUCAACAUUUCAUGGUGCGAGUCACUUGAGGGCUUACCAGAUUUGUCAGGUCUAGAACUGUUGCAAGAUCUAAGAGUACGACAUUGUGGGAAACUAACGGAGCUCCAGGGGCUUGGAGGGUUGACAUCCUUGUACAUAGUGGAAUUCUCCGGAUGCAACUUGCUGAAACCCCCGGAAUUACCUAGCAGAGCACGCCAAAUAUGUUCAUCAGCCAAUCCGUAUGAUUACGAGACUCCAGGCCAGAUUAUUUUGAGGUAAUUUAAAAGUUGCAAGUCUUUUUGCUUCUGAACCAUGAACUGACCUUCCCCUGUUCGAUGUUAAGUACUGAAUUCCAUUUCGAGUUACCAUUCACAGUCGUUUUGUUCUUGGCCACCAUGAAAUACUCCUUUGUCUUUUCCCAUCAUGAACAUAGCGAUGUUCUAUCUUCUUUUCCAUGUGAUUCGACUAGCUGUAGUUUGUGGUUCCCUUCAUGUGGCCGGGUAAAGUGACCAGCUCCAGUUUACUUGUUUUCUUUUAUGUCUUUUUGACUUGCAACAAUCAGUUCCAUAGACCAACUCGCAAGUCUGCUUCGUUGAUCAGUAACCCAUGCAUCAAUCAACU